CAAUCGAAUUAAAAAUUUAUUAUAAUUCACAGAGACAUAAACAGCUUGGAUGAUAGGAAGUGCUAAAAAUGCUGAAACAAGUCUUUAAAGCUCUCUUGCUGGUAUUUGUCACCAACCUGGUGUACAAAAUCUUCAUCUAUGAGCAGUCCGUGCCUAAGGUGGACAAACAUGCAUACUGGGGUGCUGGAGAACUCAAGUCAGAUAACCCCGUUAUUAAGCCAUUCAAGAUAAAUGUCCCAGAUUCGGCUCUCCAAGAUUUGAAAACUCGCCUGAACUUGGAAAUGAGGUAUCAAAAAAGCUUGGAAGGCGUCAACUUCGAGUACGGCUUCAACCCAAAGGCUCUGCUUGAAAUUGUUGAUUUUUGGAAGAACAAGUAUGACUGGCGACAGAGGGAGGCUCUGCUGAACAGCGUCCCCCAGUUCACGACUUACGUUUCUGGCCUCCGAAUCCAUUUCAUCCAUGUCAAACCAGAAAAAGUGCCAGCCGGAGUGAAAGUUGUGCCCCUUCUCCUGUUGCACGGAUGGCCAGGCACCGUCAAGGAGUUCUACCCAGUCAUCCCUCUGCUUACUACCCCCAGGGAAGGCUUUGAUUUCGUCUUUGAAGUGAUCAUCCCCUCGCUGCCUGGUUAUGGAUUCUCGGAGGCAGCUCACAAACAGCAUUUGAGCACUCCUCAGAUAGCUGUCAUCUUCAAGAAGCUGAUGAGCAGACUCGGUCAUAACAAGUUCUACCUCCAGGGCGGUGACUGGGGCUCCUUCAUCGCCACUGAUUUGUCCAUUCUCUACCCAGAGAGCGUUCUUGGACUUCACCUGAACAUGUGCAGAGCUAUGAGCAACAAGGCCAAUCUCUAUUUAAUUGCCGCCAGUAUUUACCCAACUCUCUUCAUGGACCAAGAAAUCGCUGACAGACUCUACCCGCUGUCUGAUAUGUUCACCAACCUGAUGCUUGAAAUGGGGCAUAUGCACAUCCACGCGACGAAACCGGACACACUUGGUGUUGCGCUUACCAACACUCCUGUCGGCUUGGCUGCGUAUAUUCUGGAAAAGUUUUCCACCUGGACAAACCAGGCCUACAGGAAUCGGGCUGAUGGUGGUCUCACCGAGAAGUUCAAACUGGAGGAUUUGCUGGACAACAUCAUGAUCUACUGGUUCUCAGGAAAUGUUGCUUCUGCAAUGCGGAUCUACUCUGAAACGUUCAACAGGAAGCACUCAAAGGAAGGAUGGAAUGAUGUGCCUUGCAAGGUGCCGACAGUUUGUGCCAGAUUCCCAAAUGAGCUGAUCAAUCAGCCUGAGUUCAUCGUCAGAAUCAAGUACCCGAACCUCCUGCCCUCAUCUGAAGGUGACUACGAGGUGCACAGACCUCCAAGAGGCGGGCACUUUUCUGCUUUUGAAGAGCCAGAGCUUUUGGCGAACAGCGUGUUUAAAGGUUUCCGUGCCUUGAAAAUUAACCCAGUUUGAGGUAACAUAAUAUUUUCUUAGUUUUGUAAGAAAUAAAUUCGCAGUUUUGUCACA